AUGUCUUGUCAUGAUGAACACCAUGAUCAUGGUGACCACAGUCAUGGUCACAACCACGGUCACGACCACAGCAAUGAUUUGACCCCUGCUCUUCAGUCACUGCUAUACAAGCAAGUCGACUUCGAUGGGAUAGUCACGCUAAACGAAUCUGACCCCAAAGCAGGUGCUGCUAUUGUGAAGAAAACAUGGGUUCAGCGUUUGGAUGACAAGCCGGAGCUGGAGAGUGACGUGGAUGAACAGCUGUUAAUGUAUAUCCCAUUCACUGGUCAAGUCAAACUGCACUCUCUCCUAAUCUUCGCCGCACCCACCUCAUCUGCUCCCAAAACGAUUAAACUAUUCCGCAACCGCCCAGACCUUGAUUUUUCAACUGCGUCCGACCUUCAAGCUACCCAGGCACUAGCUAUUCCGCAGACCCUCACCGGUUCAAAUAGGGAUGUCCUCGAGAUUCCGCUAAACCGCGCUCUUUGGAAUACUACAACCUCAGUGACGUUAUUUUUUGAGGAUAACUGGAGUGAUGGCGAGGAAGAUGUUACGAAGGUAGGGUACCUAGGAUUUAAAGGGCAUUUUAUGGCUCUGAAUAGGGAGCCUGUAACUGUGCUGUAUGAAGCCGCUGCAAACCCGAAGGAUCAUGCCAUAAUUCAAGGUAUGGGCGAAGGAGUUGGAAGAACAAUUGGACAGUAA